GGCUCUGAGCUGGUGGUCCAUGAGCAGCUUCAGGAUGGGGAGAAGCGCUACAAGUGCUUGGAGUGUGGGAAGAGCUUCAGCCAGAGCAACAGCCUGAUCUGCCACCAGAUGAUCCACACUGGGGAAUGGGCCUACGAGUGUGGGGAAUGUGGGAAGGGCUUCAGCUGCAGCUCCCAGCUCACCAUCCACCAGCGCAUCCACACUGGGGAGAGGCCCUACGAGUGUCCUGAGUGUGGGAAUAGGUUUCAGACCAGCUCCAAUCUCCUCCUGCACCAGCGAAUUCACACGGAUGAGAGGCCUUUCCGUUGCCCCGACUGUGGGGAGGGCUUCAAUCGAAACUCCAACCUCAUCAGGCACCGACGCAUCCACACUGGGGAGAGGCCCUACAAGUGUCCCCAGUGUGGGAAGAGCUUCAGCUGCAGCUCCCGCCUCAAUACCCAUAAACGUAUCCACACUGGGGAGAGGCCCUACGAGUGUACCCAGUGUGGGAAGAGUUUCUCAGACAAAUCUAACUUGACCAGACACCAACGGAGGCACCAGGGCUCCAAACCCAUCCCAGGGUGCUCUGAGGAGGAAAGACCCACCCUGUGCCGGGAAGGCGGUCGGAGAUCCAGCCAGGGCUCUGAGCUGGUGGUCCAUGAGCAGCUUCAGGAUGGGGAGAAGCCCUACAAGUGCUUGGAGUGUGGGAAGAGCUUCAGCCGGAGCAACCGCCUGAUCUGUCACCAGAUGAUCCACACUGGGGAAUGGGCCUACGAGUGUGGGCAAUGUGGGAAGGGCUUCAGCUGCAGCUCACAACUCAUCAUCCACCAGCGCAUCCACACUGGGGAGAGGCCCUACGAGUGUCCUGAGUGUGGGAAGAGGUUUCAGAGCAGCUCCAAUCUCCUCCAGCACCAGCGGAUUCACACGGAUGAGAGGCCCUUCCGCUGCCCCGACUGUGGGCAGGGCUUCAAGCACAACUCCAACCUCAUCAGGCACCGACGCAUCCACACUGGGGAGAGGCCCUACGAGUGUCCCCAGUGUGGGAGGAGCUUCACCCGGAGCUCUCACUUGACGAGACACCAAUGGAGGCACCAGUAAGGGAAGCCCUGUGAGUGCCCCAAGUGCAAGAAGAGCUUUGUUCACUGCUCCAGCUUCAUCCCACCUUGGAGGACCGACACUGGUAAGAGACCUCGUGAUCCAUGUUCCCUGGGAUCCAUGCUGGGAAGACACCUGUACCUUUUCCUGCCCAUGGCAAUGACAUAAUGUGAGAUCAAAGAACAUGAGAGUCUGACCAUGUCCCUGUCAUUAUAUUCAAUCCCAUCUCAGGUCAUUGCCAGGGGCAGGAAAAGGACUCCCUCUCCCUCACCAGAGGAGAAGAGUGUCCUUUCUUGGCAGGAGGAAAUACAUGGCCAGGAUGAGCCAAUAGGUUGUUUAUUAGUUUUCCCUGUAAAUAAUUUAUCUUAUCCCUUCUGUUAUCAAAAUUAUUUCUGUUCAUGUUAAUUCCUCAUCUCAUGGCUGUUCUCAAUAAAUUGUUCUUUUCCCAGCCUGGG